UACGAUUGGUCAGAGAAGGCAGAUGAAUAGGCGCGCGCCAAGCCUAGCUGCAUUCCUGCUUCGAUUGGAGCGUAUGCAACACUUCCGACUUGGCAAUCUCAGCUUUUAUUCGAUCCAUGUGUCCGCCCCAGCCUCGCAUCCCCCUCUCCCAAUACCAACUUUUCAGCUUGUUUGUACGACAUAACAUGGAUGAGCCACAAACUCGCCUUUCCCGGCUGCUGUUUGCUGAUGGGAAUCCUGUCACUUCUCCGAUGAUUGGAUCAGGGAUCGACGGCUUCAUCAUUCGUACCGGACCAAGAACUGUCAUGAAGAUACCCAAGCUUCGCGCGGAGAUUCUUUCCGACGGGUCGUUGAAGCCGGAAAAGGAGAAUGAAUGGCUUAUCGGUAGCCUGGAAGCAGAAAAAGCCGUAUAUCAACGGCUCGAGGGCGUGCAAGGUCUUGCUAACUGCUUGCGCGUCUCUUCAAACGGCAUUGAGCUCGACUACUAUCAAAACGGAAGUUUGGAAGACUACAUGAGAGUGAACGAUCCGCCAGUAUGGGAACAAAGAUUGCAUUGGAUAAUGCAGCUUGUUGAUUUUGUUGCGGCAUGCCACGAAAAGAGGGUACUCUGGUUCGAUAUAGCGUUACGCAACCUUCUACUUGCCGAUGACUGGACGAUCAGAGCUAUCGACUUUGCAAACAGCACGGCUUUACCUUUGGACCGAUCUCGCCACUACGGACUGGGACGGAUACACGCAGAAGCUGGAGGUACUCCAUGUCACGAACGUCAUAUACUCAAUCUCACAGUGGGAAAAGUUUCAAGUCAAUUGUGUGUACGCUCAUGAAUGGCCGCUAGCGGAUUCAUUUCCUUCUACCCAACAUCUCGACCUUGGACCUAUCAUCACCAAAGCAUGGAACCACC